AUGGCUUGCCUUUCUCUUAUCUCAGCAUCUGCAAACUACAGCGUCCAGCUGAUGGAAGAUUUGGCCCCAUCUGACUGGUCGGCGGAAGAGUGGGCUGCCGCCGCAGAUACGGUGAUUGGGAAGACACAAGCUCAUAUCAUUUCUGAUCUGAUUGAAGAUCUGGGAAUCAAGCUCCAAGUCACCGAGGAGAGUAUUCGACAACGUAUCGACGAAGAGCGAGGUGCAUUAGGAUUGAAGCCACUUCCACCUCACGAAGACAAGCCGGGUCCGUUCCAUUACCUCAAGAAGAAAGAGGACUCGUCAGAGGAGGAUCAAGAUUACUCGAGCUACCUCCCCCCGGGAUGGACGGAAGAAAAAUACAAGACGUACAGCGAUCAAGAAGCGAGAGAAUUGCCCGACGACGUACGAGACAAACUCUUCAAACGCCAGUCGCAAGAACUAAACCCUGGCUACUUUGCCGGAUUGCCAAAGAAAGUUCUGAACAACAUCACGAGCACCUUACACGAGUACGCACGCCAGCAACUAGGGGUCCCAGAGGGUGUCAGAGCCUAUAAAAGGGAAAUAGCGCCUCUUGUCCAGGUUUUCUCAUUACAGAACCAUGAGAACUUUGGCUUCAUCCUCUGCAUGCCCUCCCAUGUCGACGAGGAGGCCUUGCACGAAUUCGUGGAGACGCUCGACAUGAUUAACGCGGCGCAGCUCCAGAAUUUUAUGGAGGGCACUGGGCUCGAGAAUAUCGAAGGUAGAUUCAUGAUGCCGCUCGACGCCGAGAUUGGCAAGAACGCCAAAGAUAUCAGCGCCGAAGAUUGUAGACAGCGAUAUCGACUAGUGAGAAAGGAGGGUGGUCUUCCGUCUGGUCUGGAUACCGGCAUUGUCUUGAUGGCGGAUAAGGAAGCUAUUCAGUCACUCACGGAAUUCAGCAUGGAUAAUCCGGCUCAUGUCUGGGCUGUGGAUUUGGACUUCGAUCCAGAGAAGAACACGUAUCCAGAAGGAUACGAUGGGACCUUCGAAGUUAGGUGCCAUGCCUUGCUGCAUCAUCUGUAUGUGGCAGUGGGCAGUGGACUGAUGACGCCGGUGGAGGUUUGGGGGUUGCUGCAGAGAAGAAACGUACCGAUCGUUGAUGCAGAGAUGAUACAUCAUAAUGAACUGUAG